CGUGAUCGUCAAUCUUCUUCACAACUGAAAAUCAUGGUUCUCCAUUCGCCCAAAGCAAAUCAACAAACAACAAGAUGCAUUCUCGAUUCAAAUUUCUCACAAGAACCCUAACGAACUCCAAUCUCCUCACCUCAAUCUCAUCUCGCACCUUCUCUUCUCAAAUCCAGCAUCCGCAAACCCUAACGGAGCUUCGCCACCGUCUCGCCACCGAAUCGCCGUCGUUGAACGACUUCAUCCGCCUCUCAUCCGACCAAGAGUAUUCCGUUGAGGUCGGAACCAAGAAGAAGCCGUUGCCGAAGCCUAAAUGGAUGAAGGAAUCGAUUCCUGGCGGUGACAAGUAUACGCAUAUUAAGAAGAAGUUGAGAGAAUUGAAACUUCAUACGGUUUGUGAGGAAGCUAAGUGCCCCAACUUGGGGGAGUGUUGGUCUGGUGGUGAAACUGGUACUGCUACUGCUACUAUUAUGAUUCUUGGUGAUACUUGUACCAGAGGUUGCAGAUUCUGCAAUGUGAAGACUUCACGCACCCCACCACCUCCUGACCCAAAUGAACCUUCAAAUGUUGCUGAAGCAAUUGCUUCUUGGGGUUUGGAUUAUGUGGUAAUUACUAGUGUUGACCGUGAUGAUUUAUCUGAUCAAGGAAGUGGUCAUUUUGCUGAAACGGUUCAGAAGUUGAAGACACUGAAACCUACUAUGCUCAUAGAAGCCUUGGUUCCUGAUUUUCGAGGAGAUGCUUCGUGUGUAGAGAAAGUUGCAAAGUCUGGAUUGGAUGUGUUUGCUCACAACAUUGAAACAGUUGAAGAGCUUCAGAGUUCAGUAAGAGAUCACCGUGCUAAUUUUAAGCAAUCUUUGGAUGUUUUAAUAAAGGCGAAAGAGUAUGCGCCAGCUGGCACACUUACAAAAACAUCUAUUAUGUUGGGUUGUGGGGAAACUCCAGAUCAAGUAGUGAGCACAAUGGAGAAAGUGAGGGCAGCAGGUGUUGACGUGAUGACAUUUGGCCAGUAUAUGCGGCCUUCUAAGCGCCACAUGCCAGUUUCUGAGUACAUAACACCUCAAGCAUUUGAGAAAUACCGAUUACUGGGCAUCGAAAUGGGAUUCCGAUACGUGGCAUCUGGUCCUAUGGUGAGGUCUUCGUACAAAGCGGGAGAGUUUUACAUCAAAUCCAUGAUAGAAAAAGAUCGUGCUGCAUCUGCGUAACAAUUUCAUUCCAGUAAUCAUAACAUGUAUGAUCUCUUGUGUGAUUUAUUAAAAAUUUAAAUCCUGAUGAAUGUUGAGAAGGGAAAAUGUAACUGGUCAAAAGAUCUUGCUUCUCAACGUCAAACCUUUCCAUUGUUAUUGGUAAUUCACACUGCUGCUAUUUUGUUUACCUCAUUCAUUGUAAUUAUAAUUAUGUUCAUCAUAGUGGUGAUUUAAACUUGAUUAUGAUUUUGUUAUAAAAAAGAUUUAAUCGGUUUUCAUCA